CACAUUGUGUCUACCACUUGUGAUUGCUCAGUAGUAUUAGUCCAAGACGAGCAAAUCCUCCUUCCAUGGCUUCGAAAAGGCUUGAUGGUAAAGUGGCAAUAAUCACAGGAGGUGCUAGCGGCAUUGGUGCUGCUACUGCUAAACUAUUUGUUCAACAUGGAGCCAAAGUAAUCAUUGCAGACAUCCAAGAUGACUUAGGCAUGUCCCUUUGCAAGACUCUUGAACCAAACUUCAACAAUAUUAUCUAUGCUCACUGCGACGUGACUAAUGAUUCAGAUGUCAAAAAUGCGGUUGACAUGGCAGUGUCCAAGUAUGGCAAGCUUGACAUUAUGUACAACAACGCCGGCAUAACCGGUGACUUAAACUUAUCAAUACUUGCUUCUAGUGACGAGUGCUUCAAAAGAGUCUUUGAUGUUAACGUCUAUGGAGCUUUCUUGGGUGCAAAGCAUGCAGCAAGGGUCAUGAUCCCAGCAAAGAGAGGGGUCAUUCUUUUUACUUCAAGUAUUGCUUCGAUACUUGGUGGCGAGGCGCCGCACGGUUACACUGCGUCAAAGCACGCGGUGCUAGGGCUUAUGAAGAGCUUGUGCGUGGAAAUGGGGGAGCACGGGAUUAGAGUCAAUUGCAUCGCUCCCGGAGUCGUUCUCACUCCGUUGCUGACCACUGAGUCAAAGAAGAGCAAGGAAGAAAUUAGGCGAGGUGUGUGCUCAGCGAUGGUGUUGAAAGAGUCGGUUCUUGAGGAGGAGGACGUCGCGGAAGCGGCACUUUAUUUGAGUAGUGACGAGUCCAAGUAUGUGAGUGGAGUGAACUUAGUUUUGGACGGGGGUUAUAGCACCACCAAUGGGUCAUUCACUUCAGCACUUAAAGCUUUCAGUAACGGCACCACCAACUAAUGGCCAUCAAGCAGCACUUGGUGGCCAUUUAUUUAUAUAUGAAAAUAAAACCUCGAUGAUGACCUUUAAUUUGUUUGGAGCAGCAUUUGCUGGCCAGUUAUAAUUUAUAUGUAUAAUUUGCGAGUUUCCUAUAAUGUAAGUGUGUGCUUGUACUAGUUAAGUGGUGUAUUGCAGCUUAUCAAAAAAAAAAAAAAUUAAAAUGGUGUAUUGCAUUACAAUUAAUCCCGAUUUUUAGAUAC